CUUCAAAGGUUUAUUUGCAACAGUGUCAGAAUCUGACACUGGACGCAGUUGCUCUGGUUUUGGAUUCGUGCCCCUCCUUAGGGUUUUGCUACUUUCCGCCGAGGACCGGCCGACUCAGCUUCACAGCAAGAUCGUUAUCCCGGAUCUUUGCAUCGUGGCUUAUUGCUAGCAUCCUAUGUAGCUCUCGGCGAGGAUGGAGUCGCCAGUGGGAUUCGUUCAUUGCGCUCACAGGCGGCAUUGAUGGUUUUCGUUUUCGAGUUAUGCUGUUGUAGAACGUUUGGAAGGAAGUUUCCCAGAGAAGGGUAUUGUAUUUGGUCGUGAUAGUUUUCUUUUGUAACGAGGGGCCAUGGACGCGAAUGAGGGAACUAAGGAGGCCGUUGCGCCGAAGGGGCCACCCCCGUCGUCAAUGCUCUGGGUUGAGCAGCUGCGGAAGUAUGUUGGCUCGGGCGAAGGGCUUGGAUCGGAGGCCGUAACAGAGAUGGAGACGAAGAGAAUUUUGCUCGAGGCUUACAAGGAACGUCAACAGAAAGCAGCUGCUGCAGGCGCUAUUCCCAGUUUUUACAGAAAGAAGCCCUCGGAAAAUUCUGCGGGAAUGAAGGUCCAGCGCCUUGCAAAGUUUCGCUUUCUAAAGAAACAAGCAGAGGUCCUCCUGAAUGCGGACGAUCUGGAUACCAUGUGGGUUUUGUUGCGUGAGAACUGCAGUGUAGAUGAGGCUAGCGGUACCGAGAAGAUGAAUUAUGAAGACUUCUGUCAUAUUGCCACUUUAUGCACAGAACAAAUUGGACCUAAGUGCAGGAAAUUCUUCUCAGCAUGUAAUUUCUUGAAGUUCGAGAAGGAUGAUUUUGGACGCAUUGCUAUACUUCCUUUCUAUCUUUACGUCAUGCGUACGGUUUCGUUGACGCAAGCUCGAAUCGACAUGAGCGAAUUGGACGAGGAUGGUGACGGUUUUCUACAGCCUCAGGAAAUGGAGGCUUACAUAAGAGGACUUAUUCCAAACCUGGCUCAACUACGCAGCAUCCCUCCUCCUUUUCUGUCUAUGUACAGUAGGAUUGCUGCUCGAAAGUUCUACUUCUUUUGUGAUCCAUUGCGACGAGGUAAGUUAUGCAUCAAGAAAGUUUUACUCAGCAAUUGUCUAGCAGAACUUAUGGAACUUCAUCAGGAAACAGAGGAGGAAGGUGGGGAACCUGAGCCUGCUGAUAACUGGUUUUCUCUUAGCAGUGCCCAACGCAUCUGCGAUACAUUUCUGGGGCUGGAUAAGGACAUGAAUGGAACAUUAAGCAAGGAAGAACUUCAAGCAUAUGCUGAUGGCACCUUGACUGACAUCUUCAUUGAGCGUGUGUUUGAUGAACAUGUGAGAAGGGGCGGUCGAGGAAGUGGGGGCAAAGCUCGAGAGAUGGAUUUUGAGAGCUUUCUCGACUUUGUUUUGGCCCUGGAGAAUAGGGAAACUCCAGAAGGUUUGACAUACUUGUUCAAGUGCUUGGAUCUUCAGAAUCGAGGCUUUUUGACGACAGUUGACGUUCACACUCUCUUCAGAGAUGUUCACCAGAAAUGGAUUGAAGGUGGAAAUUAUGACCUAUGCAUUGAAGAUGUGCGGGACGAAAUCUGGGAUAUGGUGAAGCCUACCGAUCCCUUGAGGAUAACUCUGGCCGACUUGCUGGCUUGUCGACAAGGAGGCACUAUAGCCAGCAUGCUUACAGAUGUGCGCGGGUUUUGGGCACACGAUAACCGGGAAAAUCUCCUCCAAGACGAGGAAGAAGCUGCUGAAGCUCCAGAGGAAGAGUAGAGCUUUUUGUAAUUGACUUGUCUUAACUUGACUACCUCAUUUUGUCCAUAAAAAAUCUGUUUCUGCAGUCAACAGACAUGUGACCUAUGGUCUCUCAUCACUAUCGACGAAGAAUACCCAUGAACAGGUGUGAGAGCAGUGUGUAUCAAUCCCAUACGCUGGGUUUUUAUCUCUUAUGGUCCAAAAGGGACUUCAGUACAUAAAAUUCGGGUGUAGAAUUUAGUAGUCUUCUUGCAGUGCAGGUUACAUUUCAGCAGUCUUUCCAACCUUGUACUGUGAGAAUACACUACCAUUGCCGUUGGCAUCUAGACAUGUUGCUUUUCUGUACAAUUAUGCUAUUUGCCUGGUCAUUUUAAACACUUGUCUCUGUGAGAACAAGGUUAUUCACUACA